GGAAUUUUGAAAAUGCGCAUUGCAACAGCCGGGUGGGUUCCACGCACGCACGCCCUCAUGUUGGUGUUCUCUGCUUUCUCAGCCUUAUUUUAUUCUAUAAAUACUUGGUCGAAUAAUUAUCUUCCGAAAUGUCCACCCUACUGUGCAAUAUGGAGAUUGACCGACAAGGAGACUUGUGCGAAACAUGUCGAAAUAUCGACCUCGACGCACUGCUCAAAGAGGACGGUAUGUACCAAGCACAGCCCGUACUGUACCAGCCUCUAGCCCCCAUCUCAGUCAAAGCGAGCUCUUCUUGUCCUCUAUGUGAAUUCUUUCUGUCCAUGCUCAAAGAUGAGGAGAGAGCGGGCGCAGAUGCGGUAUAUUUGUUCAUGGUGACUCGCUCGCAGCCGGCAACCGAGGAGACGUGGAAGAACCAUGACGAACGAAGAAAACAAAGAUGCUUCUUUGUCCAGACUAGUCCUGACCUUACUGGUCCUGGUCCUGAAUGGCAAGAAUGGGAGACGCCGGAGAGACCACGCUGUGACUUGGAGAGACCACGCGUAAAUUACAGCAAGUUACCGGACAUGCCUGUGUUUAUCGAGCACGAGAGAGUCGACUACGAACCACUGAGAGGCUGGUGCAAAAAGAUCAGGGCACUCGAGACUGCACGGACGGCUAAAUUGCAGGGCUUGAAAGGUGUCGAUGAUGGAGCACUGCCAGUAAAUGUCAUUGACUGUCAUACUCGCGAGAUUGUACCAGUGCAAGCUCCAUGUGAAUAUUUCACGUUGAGUUAUGUUUGGGGUGCAACAACAGUGGCACCAGAGAGCUCAUCAGGCAGUUCACUCCCCAGUCGGCUCCCCACUACAGUUGAGGACGCUAUAACGGUAGUCAAGCAGCUUGGCUACCGUUACCUCUGGGUGGAUAGGUACUGUCUGGACCAGAGCAAUAAGGCCCAGUUUCAAACACAGUUGAACCAAAUGGGUGACAUAUACAGAAACGGCGUGGCGGGCAUCAUCGCAGCAGCAGGCGGGGAUUCUGACUACGGUUUGCCGGGAGUAAGCACUAGAGCCCGGACUAGACAACCUCGUGUCAGGAUCGGAAACUACGUCUUGUGGUCUAACAUGAUGGACCCGCGCACCGUUGUGCGAAGAAGCAAGUGGAUGACGCGAGCCUGGACCUAUCAAGAAGGCAUUUUUACGGCUAAUUGGUUCGCCUUUACCGACGAACAGGUAUUCUUCCAGAAAUCUGACAACUCAACAAUGGCCAAUAGGGAGCGAUUGUGGAAGGUCUCAUGUGAGAUGUUCCCAAACGGCGGUAUGGGGGUUGAAGCAAAUUGCCCGCUCUUGAGAAUGUCCGACAACAAUAUGUGGAGCAGUGAGGGAUAUAUACAUUUGAAACUUGAGGCAUACACUUCUCGCAGUAUAACGUAUCCAUCUGACGCUGUGAACGGCAUGCUAGGCCUCCUAAAGAGAUGCGGAAAUGGGCCAUAUCCUAUGAACCAUUAUUUCGGAGUUCCGAUCCUGGGGCCUCUACUAAAUCAUCGAAUUUCGAUGGCACGAGAUACUACACGAAGUUGGACAUUAACAAAGGCAUUCGUAGUGGGUCUCUGUUGGACAUCUGAGAAUACCGGACUUCGCAGACUGGAGUUCCCAUCUUGGUCGUGGGCUGGGUGGAAAACCAGCUAUGCAAGACCGAGUCAUGGAACACUCUGUGACGGAAUAACACUUGCUGACGAUUUCAAACUAUCAGUACAGACAAAGCAAGGCUUGGUUGACUGGGAAGUAAUGUGCUAUGCAAAAAGCUGGGGCCUCGACGAAGACACCAGCCUGUUGCCUAGAGAACUCUACAUUGAAGCUCCCACUAUUACGGUCACCAUUUGCCAAGAUCCUAGAAGUAUGGCAAGCGAUUGGGCAUCGGCGGCGACUGGCCAUGCUUCGAUUCUUAAAUCUAUGGGCUGGUGCGCAAUGUUUUCUGACGCAGACUGUGACGUGUUGGUCAAGGUGAAUUUAGUAGAUGCUGAAACGGUAUCAAAACUUACAACUCUUGGCUCCAUGACCCUGAAAGGGGUUAUUCUGCGGCGGGAAUUUAUCUUUGCCCUGCUAGUACUCGAAACCAACGAAGCAGCUAUAAGAGUCGGAAGCCUAACGCUAGUGGACUACUUCGUUCGUUGGAAGACCGAUGUCCAGCAUCAUAAUGUACAGGCCAGUGAAUACUGGAAUAACUCAGGGCGAAUUUCACACAUGCAUUGCCCAGAAUGUAAACAGCGAGCAUUUCAGAGUAUUAUACCUAGCGAGACGACGGAAGUGACUAGGGUGCAGUAAAGGGGUUAUAGCAUGCCAGCCUAAUAUAUAUAAUUACAAGCAAUAUUAUUAUCAGUGGCGUGGCGAGAACAUGAAUGAAUAUGGUG